GUUUCGAGUUUUCGUCUUCUUUUUCAUAGGAUAACCCAUGGAUUUCGCUGUCGAAACCACUGAAAUUCUGCCAUGGAACUGGCCAUAAGAUUUUUACUUCCUUUUCCUCUCUUGUUAAUGAUCUUUGAGGUGACAUGUCAUUGUUAACAUGGUAAAGAGAACAGAAGAAGAGAAAGGCAGCCAGUGCAGGCGAAGGGGAAAGUAGCUAGCAACUAGGCUGGCAGAUCAGCUGAUGCCAACUGCGAAGCUAGGCCGAUCGACCGAUCGAUCAUGCGAUCAUGAGGCCGCGUCGUCUCUGUCGGAAUCUCUAGUCUCGCAGUAGCGAUCUCGUAUGCACGUUCGUUCUUGCGAACAAGAAGAGUAGAAAAGCUCAAGCUUCGCCGUCUCCAAUGGAGGGGGAUCGGAGGAGCAGCGCGGCGAUCGCGCCGCCGCAGGGCGGGCCGGCGUGGCGGCGGCUGAUCGCCUGGCUGCGGCUUCUGCUCAAGGCGGUCGCGCGGAGGUACGGAGAGGCGGCGAGGUGGCGCCCGGCGUUCCUCCUCUUCCUGGCGCUCCUGGCGGAGCGGGGCCUGCGGCGCGCGUACCUGUCAUGGAAGGAGUCGCGCCUGCGGCCGCGCGCCGCCGCCGCCGCCGUCACCCUGCAGGCCGCGUACAGGGGGAUGGCCGCUCGCCGCGAGCUCUCCCUCCGCCGGCGGACGCGAGCCGCCGUGCUCAUCCAGGCGCAAUGGCGGGCGCAUACGGCGGCGUGGGAGUACGUGGCGGCGAGGCGGGCCGCGGUGAUCUGCCAGUGCGCCUGGAGGCGGUGCGCCGCGAGGAGGCAGCUCGGGAAGCUCAGGCUGGCGAGGAUCGAGAAGGAGAGGGCGGAGGAGCUGUGCAGGCUCCGGGAGAUGGUGGACGUGCUGCAGCAGGCGGUGGAGGACGCGGAGGUGCGGGUGAUCGCCGAGCGGGACGCGGCCAAGAAGGCCAUCGCCGAGGCGCCGCCGGUGAUCAAGGAGAUCGUCGUGCAGGUGGAGGACACCGCGAAGGUGGACUCGCUCACCACGGAAGUCGGCCGCCUCAAGGAUUUGCUGGGAGCAGAAAUGAAGGCGACAUUUGAUGCGAAGAAGGCGCUCUCUGAAGCUGAGCUGAGGAACGAGAAGCUGGCUAGGUUGCUCGGAGUCGAGGAGAUGAAGAACAAGCAGCUGCAAGACUCCCUGAAAAGGAUGGAGGUGAAGGCAUCUGAUCUUGAGGAAGAAAACAGAAAGCUUCGAGAGGCUGUCACUUCUGUGCCUUAUGUCAGGUUGCCGUCAAAUGUAAACUGUGAUGAUCCUGAUAUUCAGCUGACUCCAGAGAAUGAGGAUGACAAUGACAAUGAGAGUGAGAAAGCAGUUUAUUGUGAGGUGAAGCCAAUGAUAGUGGAUAGAGGGGUUGAUAUCCAUGAGAACAAUUCGCAACUACCUGGCAUGACUGAUCCUGAAGCUGAGAAGCAACAGCAAGAGCUGUUGAUCAAGUGUAUAUCUGAAGAUCUGGGGUUCUCUAUUGGAAGGCCUAUUGCCGCAUACCUCAUCUACCGAUGCCUGAUCCACUGGAAAUCAUUUGAAGAGGACAGGACAACAGUUUUUGACCGCAUCAUUCAGAAGAUAAGUUCUGCAAUUGAGGCUCGAGAGAAUAAUGAGACAUUGGCAUAUUGGCUAUCCAAUUCAUGCACAUUGCUGCUGCUCCUCCAAAGGACACUUAAAAUCAAUGGAGCAGCUGCUUUGGCUCGUCAGAGGCGAAGAACAUCGCCCCUGAAGACGCCACAGGAAAAUCAAACUCCGAAUCAUCCUGACCGUCCAGUUUCUGAUGGACGGUUGGUCGGUGGACUAGGUGAAGUUUGCCAGGUUGAAGCCAAGUAUCCAGCUCUUGCUUUCAAGCAGCAGCUCACAGCAUUGCUGGAGAAGGUCUAUGGAAUUAUCAGGCACAAUUUGAAGAAGGAAUUGUCCCCACUGCUUGGUCUCUGUAUUCAGGCACCAAGAACGUUCGUUGUAAGCCCCAGAGGAUCAUGCUCCCAAGGAACAGAUUUGGCACAGCAAGCUUCUAUGGCACAUUGGCAGAGCAUCAUCAAAAUUCUUACAAAUUCUCUGAAUACCCUAAAAUCCAAUUAUGUGCCUCCCUUCCUAAUAUGCAAGCUAUUCACCCAAUUAUUUUCAUUCAUCAAUGUUCAACUCUUCAACAGUCUCCUGCUACGGCGUGAAUGCUGUUCAUUCAGUAAUGGAGAGUACGUUAAAUCUGGGUUGGAUGAGCUAGAGCAUUGGUGCUUUUGGCUGACGGAAGAGUAUGCAGGUUCUUCCUGGGAUGAACUGAAGCAUAUUAGGCAGGCGGUAGCUCUUUUGAUACUUGAAGAGAAGCACAACAAGUCUCUCAAAGAAAUCACGGACAACUACUGUCCUUCACUUAGCAUGCAGCAGCUAUACCGAAUCAGCACAAUGUAUUGCGACGACAAGCAUGGAACACUGGGCAUUCCCCCAGAAGUGGUUUCGAGCAUGCGAACCAAGAUGGUCCAGCAGGGAUCGAACAGUCCAUCGGCGCAAGAUGACAUCAAUUCCUUCUUGUUAGAUGACGAUUUCAGCAUACCGUUCUCCAUUGAUGACAUCGCAAAGCUGAUGGUUCACAUCGAUGUAGCAGAUAUGGAUCUGCCAUCCCUUAUUCAGGAGAACAAGGGCUCCACAUUUGAACCACUGAAAUGAAAACCAAACUGAUCAACACGCCUUUUUUCGUGCUCUGAUGAUGUACAUAGUGCACCACAGUUUUGGGUUUUGGGCUUUGAUUUUUGAGUACAUAGUGCAUAUACAAAAUUGAUUUUUUUUUCUGUUUGGUUGGUGUUCCUUUCGCUUUCACCAGAGUGGUUGCUUGCGUUGUGCGUGCCUGCUUGUACAGAGCUGAGCUGAUAUAAGUGAUAUGUAAGCCAAGAAAGAGAAGAAAAAAAAGGAUUUUUUGUUUGGAGCUUUCAGAGUGUGAAGCUUGCAAGUCAAGCAAUCUUGCUGUAUACAUUUCCAUGUGUGCUCUAAAAUUGUUGAAAUGGUACAGGGCUUAUCAAUCAAACUCGUUUUCUGAAUGUGACACCCGCUGUUAAGCAUCUGGCAUUUGAAUUGUAUGCCUAA